AUGGUCUCCAUCCGGGCAAAGCCCCGCUUUCGACAAUGCCAACGAAUCGAGCCAGAUUACUGCCCCUGCACAAUCACCCAGUAUGAGUCUGAACGCACUGGUAUGCGAGUGAUCGUGGUCGACCAGGAAGGCCCUAAAUUGCAUGGCUUCUUCGUGCUGGCCACUGAAAUCCACGAUGACUCGGGGGCACCUCAUACGUUGGAGCAUCUGUGCUUCAUGGGCUCCAAGAACUACAAGUACAAGGGCUUCUUGGACAAACUCGCCACGAGAGCGUAUGCGGGUACCAACGCAUGGACAGCGACGGACCACACAGCAUACACUCUAGAAACGGCGGGCUGGGCGGGCUUUGCUCAAAUUCUCCCGGUCUACCUGGAACACGUCAUUCUGCCCACACUGACGGAUGCGGGCUGCACAACCGAGGUUCAUCACAUUGACGGAAGUGGCAACGAUGCUGGAGUGGUGUACUCAGAGAUGCAGGGCGUGCAAAAUAUGGCGUCGGAGUUGAUCGAGCUCCAGUCCAAACGAAUCCUCUAUCCCGAAGGGGUGGGCUAUCGUUACGAGACAGGAGGGAUGCUGGAACAACUUCGCGUCCUUACCGCCGACCGCAUUCGAGAAUUUCACCGGGAAAUGUAUCAGCCCAAGAAUCUCUGUGUGGCGAUCUUUGGUGAGGCAAACCACGACGAGUUACUAGCCAUCCUGGACGAAUUCGAAACGUCAAUCCUACCGGAUAUCCCCAGUCCCGACGCCCCUUUCAAACGGCCGUGGAUCGAAUCCAAACUUGCACCCGCAUUGGAUCAGACGACUUUAUUAAGAGUCGAGUUUCCCGAGGAGGACGAGUCAUUCGGCGAAGUCGACAUUCGCUUUUUGGGUCCCAACUGUGCAGACGCUCUGGAGCUAGGGGCACUAAAUGUUGCCCUCAACUAUCUCGCCGGCUCUUCAGCGGCGGUGCUUGACCACGUCCUCGUGGAAAAGGAGCAGUUGGCCAGCGGUGUCUUCUACCAACUCGAUAGCCGCCCGCGAACGGAGAUUCAGUUUUCCAUGUCCAGUGUCGAAACCAAGCGGCUGGAAGAGGUCGAGAAACGUUUCUUUGAGGUGUUACAAGAGGCCAUGGAACAGCCCCUGAAUAUGGAUUUCAUGAAGGACUGCAUCGACCGUGUAGUAAGAACGACCAAGUACAAUGCCGAAGGCUCCGCCACGGCUUUUGCAGAUUUUAUCAUUUCCGACUACCUGUAUGGAAAGAGAGAUGGGUCGACCUUGGAGGUUGCGAAAUCAUUGAAACAUUAUAUCAAGACGCUUACAAGCUGGACGGAAGACCAGUGGAAAGCCUAUAUCAGAAAGUAUAUUUCGGAUGCCCCUCAUGUGUCGAUCCUGGGUGUUCCCUCGGCGCGAUUGUCGGAGAAGCUGAAGACGGAUGAAGCGAAUCGAAUCGAAGAGCAGAAAGCCAGACUAGGACCCGAGGGGCUGAAGAAAAUGCAGGAAAAACUGGAUGCAGCAAAGGCCGAGAACGACCGCGAGAUCCCGAGGGAGUUGCUGGGAAAAUUCAAAGUGCCCCUGACGGAUUCGAUCCAUUUUGUGACAAUCCCAGGCGCUCGAGCAGGUCGGGCAUUGGAUCUCGGAAAGCGAGACAACAAGUAUCAGAAAAUCAUCGAUGGGGAUGCAAAAGAUGUACCACUCUUUCUUAAUUUCGAACACAUCCCGACAAACUUCACUCGAGUGCACCUGGUCAUCUCGACCGAGACUCUCCCAGACGACCUUCGACCCCUCCUGGCGAUCUAUAUGGAAGCUUUCUUCAGCCUACCGAUCAAGCGAGGUGACGAGACCAUUGACUUCCGGCAGGUAGUUACCGAACUGGAGCGGGAUACCGUCGGCUAUUCUAUCGAUGCAGCGAACAAUCUGGGCAACGUCGAAGGUAUACGGAUAAGUUUCCAGGUGGAGAACGAACGGUACGCUGUGGCCGUCAAGUGGUUGACCGAACUACUCUACAACUCCAUCUUCGAUGUGGAACGGCUCAAGGCUGUCAAUACCCGUCUUCUGGCAGAUGUGCCGGAUGCGAAGCGCAGUGGCGAUGACAUGAUGAUGACGGUUCACUUCAUGACGCACCUGGCACCCAAGUCGAUAACGCGUGCGAGGACUAUAUUGGUCAAGGCGCUUUACCUCAAGCGCAUCAGGCACUUGCUCAAGGUUGAUCCAGAGCGAGUGGUGAGCCAACUGGAACGACUGCGCAAUUUACUGUGUCGUUUCGAGAACUAUCGGAUCUUGGUCAUCACUGACCUCGAGAAGGCUCAGAAGCCUGUGAGCACCUGGAAACCCUUCUUGGAGCGGUUGGAACCAACCGACGAGCUGACCCCUAUUGGCCGCCGAAUCGACCGACUCAGCGAGGCUGGCAAGAACCCGGGAAAACUGGCAUACGUCGUCCCCAUGGCCACGAUCGACUCAUCUUUUGCAUUUGCCGUGGCUCGUGGACCGACUUCGUACGACGACCCGCAACUGCCGGCCAUCAUGGUCGCUUUGGCGUAUAUGAACGCUGUGGAAGGGCCACUUUGGGUCGCUGUACGAGGCACUGGGUUAGCCUAUGGGACCAACAUGGGCUUUGACAUUGAAUCUGGCUUCAUCCACCUUGACGUCUACCGUUCGCCCGAUGCGUACAAGGCAUUCGAAGCGUCCCGGAAGAUCAUCUCGGAUUACAUGACCGGAGCAGUCGACUUCGACCCGCUCAUGCUGGAGGGAGCCAUCAGUUCCAUCGUGGUCAUGUUUGCAAACGAGCAAGCCACGCUGGCAAGCGCUGCAGCGAUGAGUUUUAUCCGAAGCGUGAUGCAGCGUUUGCCGGAUGAUCACAUGCAAAGAAUGUUGAAACGCGUGAGAGAAGUCAGCGUGUCAGAUAUCAAGGACGCGCUACAGCGAGUGGUGUUUAAUGUCUUUGUGCCUGAGAAGGCGGAUAUCAUCGUGACUUGUGCACCCGGGCUGAAGGAGGGGAUCGAGAGCGGCUUGAAAGACGCGGGCUUUUCACCUGAAAUCCGCGACCUGAAUUACUUCCAGGACGAUUACGGGUUGAAAGCCGUCGAUGGCGAGGAUGACGAUGACGAUGACGAUGACGAAGAUAAUGAUGAGGACGAGGAUGACGACUCUGACGACAUUGGUGGCAGCGAGGGCUACGAGAUCAUAGAAGGCAACGAGGAAGACUGA